GCCCAUUUUCAUAAGAAAGUAUUAAAGUGUGUUAAUUUUUUAUUAUUUACACGUUAUUCGACGAUGGCAGGUGUCCUGUUUGAAGAUAUAUUCAACGUGAAAGAUAUUGAUCCUGAGGGAAAGAAAUUUGAUCGAGUGAGCCGCUUGCACUGCGAGAGCGAAUCCUUCAAGAUGGACUUGAUCCUGGACAUAAACUCCUGGUUAUAUCCCAUGGAGUUAGGUGACAAAUUCCGAUUGGUUUUGGCAACAACUCUGCGAGAGGAUGGUUAUCCCGAUAGUGGCGAUUGGAAUCCUCAGGGCUUAGAAACAGAAGGUUCGCGUGCCGACAGCUUUGAGUAUGUCAUGUCAGGAAAAGUUUACCGUAUCGAGGGUGACGAAGCAGCAGUGGAACCAUCGAGCAGACUAGCUGCUUACGUGUCGUUCGGAGGGCUUCUGAUGCGACUGCAAGGGGACGCCAACAAUUUGCACAGUUUCGAAGUGGACCAACACAUGUAUUUGUUGAUGAAGAAGAUCUUUAUGUAAUUUUAAGGCUGAAUUUUUUGUACAAGGUUUUUACUUGAUGUAAGAUAGUAAAAAUAAAAUUUAAGUAAAAAAA